AUGGAUCGAGCAACAUGGGAAAACCUGAAACAAAAAGGUGUGAAGUGUGAAUCUCAGAAAAGCGAAAAGAAAUUGUUCGCAUAUGGACAAACGGAUUCAAUUGAGGUUUUGGGAACAUUCAAAAGCGAUAUUUUCUGUAAAGAUUCAAGGGUAAGCUGUGUCGAUGAGUUUACCGUAGUUGAAGGUCCAGGAAAAGUUUUACUUGGAAAGAAUACAGCUGAGAAAUUAAAUGUUCUUAGAGUGGGACCUCCACGUUCUCCACAAGUCUACUUGGAUGCAUAUGAAGGCAGUGAUAAAGAUAUUAUGAAUGAUUUUAAAGAAAUUUUCUCAGGAGUGGGAAAACUAAAGGAUUUCCAGAUGAAAUUGCACAUUAAAGAUGAUGUGAAACCAGUAGCACAACCAGUAAGAAGAUUACUGUUUGGUCUCAGAGCAAAAGUGGACAAAAAGCUUAAGGAGUUAUUAGAAGAUAUUAUUGAAGAAGUACCAAGUCGCCCUACCGGUUGGAUAUCACCUCUUGCUGUCGUACCAAAACCGGACGGUGAUAUUCGUAUUUGCGUCGAUAUGAGGCAAGCGAACAAAGCUAUUGAAAGGGAGCUUCAUCCAAUCCUCACUAUAGAGGAAGUCUUAUACGAGUUAAAUGGAUCAACAGUCUACAGUAAAUUAGAUUUGAAAUCGGGAUUUCAUCAAGUCGAGCUUGAAGAGUCAUCGCGUCGUAUCACCACAUUUGUAACGCAUAGUGGACUAUAUAGGUACAAGAGGUUGAUGUUUCGAAUAACCUCAGCACCCGAGAUGUACCAGAAGAUAGUCAAGGAUGUAUUGAUUGGUUGCAAAGGAGUUGCCAACAUUGCGGAUGACUUGAUCAUCCAUGGAUGGGGAAUUGAAGAGCAUGACAAGAAUUUGGUAGCUGUACUUAAUCGUUUACGGGAGUGUGGAUUAACCCUAAAUGCAAACUAGUGUCAGUUUCGACUUCCAAAGUUGACAUUUUUUGGUCAUGAUCUUGGUUGUGAUGGUGUUUCGCCAAACGAAGAGAAGGUGGCAGCUGUAAGAGAUGCCAAACCCCCAAAGAAUGCUGCAGAAGUUAGAUCUUUCCUAGGCCUAGUGCAGUACUGUGCCAAGUUCCUACCUGAUUUUGCACAAGUGGCAGAACCAAUCAGAAAAUUAACUAGAAAGAAUCAGCAAUUUGAAUGGGGAAAAGCUCAACAACAGUCUUUUUCAACAUUGAAAGAUCUUUUAACUCAGGCCGAGACGCUUGCUUACUUCAAGAAUGAUUGUGAAACACGCAUUAUUGCUGAUGCUGGUCCUACAGGGAUUGGAGCGGUUCUCACACAGUUACAGGGUGAUUCAUGGAGAGUAAUUUCGUAUGCAUCUAGGAACCUCACUGACAUCGAAAGGAGGGUAUUCCCAAACGGAGAAAGAAGGUCUUGCGUUGGUGUGGGCAUGUGAGAGAUUCAAGUUGUAUGUUUAUGGUCGUAAAUUUGAGCUAGAGAUGGACCACAAGCCUUUACAGUAUAUAUACAACACAUUGUUUAAGCCAUCUGCACGACUCGAAAGAUGGGUUCUUCGGCUACAAGGUUAUCACUUCAAGGUUGUCUAUCAGCCGGGAAAAACUAACAUAGCUGAUGCUUUGUCUAGGUUAAAUUCGAAAGUUCCUAAAGAUCACAGUGGCGAAACUGUGGAUGUUGUUCGAAUUAUCGCACAAGAAAGUACACCGGUGGCAUUAACAGCUAAAGAAGUUGAAAGAGAAUCGGAGAAGGAUCCUGAACUUGUAAGUGUUAGACAUUAUAUUCGUACAGGAAAUUGGUCUGAAUGUAAAAUGCCAUAUUAUUCGAGUGUAAAGAACGAACUUUGCAUUAUUGGCCAGCUGGUUAUGCGUGGAACAAGAAUAGUGAUACCACAAGCUCUUAGAAAUGAAGUACAUGAAGGGCACCAGGGCAUAGUGAAGAUGAAAAACAGAUUAAGGAGUAAAGUUUGGUGGCCUAAAAUGGACGGUGAUGCAGAACGCAUAUGCAAGAGAUGCCAUGGCUGUCAAGUGGUUGGAGAUUUUAUAGCACCUGAACCGAUGCAACGUACCGAACCUCCAUCCGGACCGUGGCAAGAUGUAGCUAUCGAUCUACUAGGACCAUUGCCUUCGGGAGAAAACGUAUUAGUAAUCGUUGAUUACUACAGUCACUUCUUUGAAGUAGUUAUUAUGAAGUCAACCACAACACAAAAAGUGAUAGAAAUGUUGACACCGAUUUUUGCGCAAUACGGUUAUCCAUUUACUCUUAAGUCCGACAACGGAGCUCAAUUUGUAUCAGAGGAAUUUGAGGAUUUCCUAACUGAAAGUUGGAAGAGAACUCAAGACUAAACUUCCCAAGUUACGUCCUGAUAAAAACAUUUUGGAUGAAACCAUUAGAGAUCGUGACUGGAAUAAAAAGGUGGCAGGAAAAGAGUAUGCUGACAAACAUCGACAAGCAAACCAGAAUCCAAUUAACCCAGGUGAUAAGGUCCUUAAAAAUUCCAAAACAUCUGGAAAACUGGAUCCAAAGUUUGAAACCAAACCAUACAUUGUUCAAACUAAAGGACAGGAACUAACUGUCAAGUCGGACGAAGGUGUAGUGUACAGGCAAAACAAUUCAUUUGUGAAACCCUAUCAAGAACCAGGAGUGCAAGAAACCGGUUAUGGAGUCUGAAAGAUCUGAAGAUACACAAUCCUGGACAAAACAUCUGCGACACUUCCAAUUAUACUUGACAAAAUAUCGUAAUGUUAUCGUAAAUUUAGAAAACUUCCCCCUUCCCCCACCAUUCAAUGUUGAUUGGAUUUGUAGAAUACGGAUAAAACGUUCAACAUUGUUUUGGGGGGUGAAGGGGGGCAAACAAGUAAAUUAUUCCGGUCUAACUGGUAAAAAAAGCCACAAAGGAAUGUUUUAAUAGAGUGUCGCAGAUGGUUUUGUCCAGGAUUGUCUGUAUCUUUCAAAUUCAAUAACCAAGCCAUUGCGCAUUAAAAAUUGUGUUUUAUGCAGGACUUUCUCUUCCCAUAGUAACUAUAUGGCUCACUAUAAUGUAUUAGGCUUCAAGAAGCAAAGCCACGUUGUUGACAAGGUAAUAUAACACCCCUCAUGCAACGCUAUGCUUCGAUAGCUUGUAUGGAAUGCGAUUAAGAAUCAUAUGCGACGACUUUCGUGCAUUUAAUAUACGUCGGAGAGCAAGUCAAUGUACCUCAUAGUGUAUAUACCAACUAUUUUGCACUAAGAAUAUUCUAAAAUGCGUUUAUCCAUACUUAUUUGUGUUGUUAGACAGACUAACGCUUAGCUGUUGAGUGGAAAUAUAUUGCGUGACCGCCGCACUAAAUGACUAAUCAGAUUUUGUUAUUGUCGUAUAAUAGCGCAUGCGCAUUGACGGUGUACCAUGGUACAGCGUGAACAUAUAAGAAUAUAUAUAUAUAUAACCUUUUGUAGGGUGAAAAUGGUACACCGUGGAGUAUUUUAAAAUUAUCGCACUAAAUAUUGUCUGAAGUAGGUUGGAAUACUAAGCAACACACGUUCUUUCAAGUCCAUUUCAUUGGUUUGUAUUAUAUCCCAUAACUGAGGAUAUUAUCACAGUCUUAGUGUAUUGGUCAGUGGUACACCGUCAGAUAUGACAUUGGGAAAAUAUAAGCAUUGAUUUACCACACCAGGAAAACUUGUGUCAAAAUGCAUAAUUCACAAUUAUAUAGUUGUCGCUUAAUAUUAUAAUUAUAUGCAGUAAAUACCAGAAACGCGGUAACUAUAUUGAAUUUAUUGCCCUUUAGUUCUACUCGAUACCACACGCAUUCGUCUAUGUAUAGACUGAAUGUACAACCUUUCAAUAUAUAAGUUGCACGAACUCUUAUGGAAAUAUAUUUUUUGUGUCGUACAUUGCAUCUCAUUCACUGAUCGUUUGCAUGUCUGUCUAGGCACCUUCUCACAUGGUCGACUAUAGGUUGUCUAUUGUGUCUUGCAGGUCUUAUAAUAUACAGUUAACAAAUAUGACUCGUAUAUAUUUCUUAAUUUCUGAAUUAUUGCAACGAAUCGACUAGAACGCGAUAGUUUUACUUUCUCAAUUAUUUCUGCAACAUUUCGUUGUUUUUAAUUGCUAAAAUUAAAAAUAAUAUACUGUAUUGUAUAUUCUACCACACAUUAUUACCCCCUCCAAAACACUAAGGUAUUCAUGACGUAUUUAAUUAAUGAAAUAAGGUACUUGAUGUAAUUAUGAAUAUAAGCAGGUCAUGAGCAAUGCGCAUAAACAAAAUACAUGGCAAGGACAUGUAUAACAAGCGAAAUAUAAAAGAAUGUAAUUUCGACCCAUUUCAGACAAUCCUGGACAAAACAUCUGCGACACUUCCAAUUAUACUUGACAAAAUAUCGUAAUGUUAUCGUAAAUUUAGAAAACCUCCCCCUUUCCCCCACCAUUCAAUGUUGAUUGGAUUCGUAGAAUACGGAUAAAACGUUCAACAUUGUUUUGGGGGGCAAACGAGUAAAUUAUUCCGGUCUAACUGGUAAAAAAAGCCACAAAGGAAUGUUUUAAUAGAGUGUCGCAGAUGGUUUUGUCCAGGAUUGCAGCUGUAUCACCUACGAAAAAAGGUAAUCCUGUUGCAGUGCCGAUAAGCAGACCAUCACGAGUGAGAAAAUUACCAGACAAGUUCAAGGAUUUUGUGUUGAACACUGUAAGAUAACUUAGUAUAAUGUAGAUUUUAUAUAGUAUAAGUAUAUAACUGAACUUCGUCCGAGUAUAAAACUUAAUUAAUUUCGAACAGUUGAUAACAUAUAAAAGUACUUUAAAGUUCAUAUUUCGUAUUUACAGAUGGUAGGUUUUGUUUGUACAAAGGAAGGGAAUGUAGUGUUUACUAUAUUGUUGUAACAUGAAGUAUAGAAAAGAUUAGGAUCCAAGAUGGCGUUUUAGUAAAUAUACGUGUUCAGUAAAUUGUUUAUGUUUAAUCGAGUUCAAUCGGUUGUUUUAUCGGGAUACAUACUGCAACAUGUUGGAAAUCAACUAUUUGAUUUCUUUGGAAACUGGUCAUGUGACAAGAUAUUGGCGAUGAUAAUGGAAAUUAACUUAAUGUUUUAAAACACAACUUGCGGGCACACUAAACAUUCUUGGAUAUGUACAAAAAUAUCGCGGAACCUUUUACUCAUAUACUAAUGUACUAAUUAGAAACUUAAAGAAUAUGCCACAUAUAUGAAAAUGUUACUGUCAAUGUCAAUAUAAUUUGCACUUAAACAAUUGUUCUAGAUUACAAUGUUUACAAGUCUAAUUGUAGGAUCUAUUUAUCAAUCUAUUUAUUAACGACCCACAUUAAUGGUGUCUUAACCAAGUCCAACACGUUUUUUCUGUGACGAAUUCGCACAUACCAUGAUCAUUAUAUUUAAUAUAGGCCCUUGCCGUGAAACAAAAUAUUAUGAAAUACAAAUAUAGAAAUAUUAUACAAUGACUAACAAAACAUUUGCAACUAGUAAGUAGUGCAUUCAAAUAAUAUGUGAGGAACAGAAGUACAAUAUGAUAAGUACAUAUGUUCGUUUAUAUAUUUAGAAGAAUAUUCGACACUUAUCUGAGCCUUUAUAUGAAAGGAUAUUAUAUUUCAACAACAACAUUUAUUGUGCCCUUAAGAGUUUCAUCACCACCCCAAAAAAUUUUGAACCAUCCAUAUGCUGGGUACUUAUUUGUAUUUCAAAUAUUUUUCUGUGCAUAGGAAACUAAAAAGGACACAAAUCGAUGUUGAAUAAUUCAGACAUAAAAACCUGCAAUAGCGAUAUUAUAUAUCAAAGUUCAAAGGUCGCCACAUAUCGCAUAUGAUAUACUAUACAACGGCCAAUUGCAGAAGAAAAACUAAUAGUUUACUCAUCCCUGCUGGUUGUUGUAAUCUAACAUAAUCCAACAGCUCAUAUUUAUUAAAUUUCAGUUUCACUUGAAUGCCAAAACACACUCAAAUGGCAACACGCUAGAUAUGUUUAAUCGCACACAACUCGCGCAGAUAUAUCAAGUCAAGCAUGGCAAGAGCCAAGCAUUAAUCGGCUUGAGGUGGAAACUAACGCAAGAGUUUAUAUCUGCUUUUAAUUUCUGUAAUAAAACAAAUUCAAAAUGAGUCUUGGUAAUAACCAUCAUGGACUUCAAACAUAUAAAUUAUUGGUCAAGAGAGUCUACUUUAUAAUUCAAAUAUCGUGUAAACAAUUUCUUCAAAGUAAAUUAAUUUUCAAAACUAUAACCAAACCUUACCAUAUAAACCAUCAAAGUACAGUACAAAUGUUUUCAAACAGAAAUCGCAGUACUCCAAUACUUCCAAGCUUAUCGACUCUUGAUCCAAAAGUGGAAUAGCCAAGAACACAAUUUGGACGUUGUUUUUGUUAUGUUGGUUUUUUUUUAAAGAACAAGAUGCUGCAGGAUUAACUUGUGCCAGGCAGUGGCACUGAUACACAGAGAACAAGUCUGCAGAAACAAAAUGAAAUUUGUGAAAGUCCCAGUUAUAGCACAUUUUAAUUAAUUAGAAACUUGAUGAUAAUUUUAAAACAUCAAGUUGGCUAUAUAUAAUUCUCUCAGAAUUAACAGUUUAAAUUUGAUACUCCAGUACUCUUCAAUAUCCUCCUCAUGACAUGUUAAAUUAAAUAGCAUCUGUAAACAAAAAUCUGAGUUCUGAAUUCUGGAUUUUACCAAAACCAUUUGUAUUUACAAUAUAAUUACAAUAUUUAGAACAAGAUGCUGUAUUAAGCAUUUAGUGGCUGGGGUUAUUAAAAUAGAGGCCUCUUCUGUGACAAUAUACGCCAGACUCAGAUAAGUGAAUGGACGAUUUACGCACUACUAAAAGAGGAAUCAAUAAACAUGCCCAUAAAUGUUAUGUUAGUAGCCCUAUCUUAUGUUAGUAGCCCUUUUAAUAUAAUCUGAUUGCUAUUAUGUUAUAGACAAUUGGACUAGAGACACAACAGCAGUAACACCUAUAUGUAUAUUACUAUAGCCGAGUUAUAAAAUAAAGCACUAGAACUUAUUACAUGUCAAGAGUGAACAGUACUCACGACUAAAACAAGUCAUUCACUCAGAGAUAUCUAUGGACAACACAUGAUGCAAUUAACUCCCACAGGAAAUCCAAACCGGCUGGCCAGAACACAAAUCUCUUGUUCUGCCAGAUAUUUGUGCAUAUUAUCAAGAUCAACACAAACUGACAACGCAAGAUAGGCUAAUUUAUAAAGCUCGUAACAUAUUGAUUCCUCCUAAACUGCAUGGAGAUACUCUUACUAAGUUGCAUCAGUCACAUCAAGGUAUGGAGAAAAUGAAACAUCUAGCUCACGAAAGUAUAUAUUGGCCUGGUAUGAAUACCGAGAUCAACAACAUGGUAUCCAGCUGCAAGACAUGUCAAACCAACAGCAAUGCCAAUACACACAAGAAACUACAAUCCCAUCCCAUUCCUAGUCCACCAUGGCAACAAAUUGGAACAGAGUUUUUUGAGUGGAACGGUAAAUCUCAUCUCAUUAUCCUUGAUUAUUACAGCCGUUAUCCCGAAAUAGCUCAACUCCGGGACACCAAAGCUUAAACAGUUAUAGCAAAAACUAAAUCUAUCUUCAGUCACCAUGGUAUUCCAGACAACGUCAUCUCUGACAAUGGUCCUCAAUACUCGUCAGAUGAAUAUCACCAGUUCUCACAAGAUUACGACUGAAAAAGGAAAAUGUGAUAUAAUCUGAUUGCUAAUGAUUAAUUAAUUAUUAUUAACACUAUGAUCUAAGACCUCAAGAACCUAGACAUUGUUAUAGAGAGUUGGACUAGAGACACGACAGCAGUAACACCUAUAUGUAUAUUAUUAUAGCUCAGUUAUAAAAUAAAGCACUAGGAUUUAUUAUAGCCCUAACAUUGCAUUUUGCUCCCAUAACCUAAAAAAUUCUUGCUGUUUAUGUACCAUGAUAUAGACUAUUAUCAACUCAAAUGCAGUUUAGAACAACACUUUACUGAGGAGGAAUACGACAGAAGGAGAAAGUUCAGUUAGCAGUAGUACUGAGUACUUGCAGAUGCACAUCAAAAUACCAUUCACCAUUAAAUGUAAUAUUGUACUUUCAACAGUAUAUGUUGCAUGGAACCAAAAUUCUGAAACAAUCAGUGCGGAUAUUUGCAUUUCCGAUUACAGUUUUAUAAUUACGAAACAAAUCUUGCAUCUUAAGAUCCAACAGACGAAAUUUGGCAAGUUCAUUUAUUGCAACAAUUUCUGUAAGCUUUGUGUCGUAGUUUUAAUCAAGCAUCGAUAGUUCAAUUCCAUAGAUUUACUGGUUGAGAUGGCGAUGUUUGUUGCAACUUUAAGUUACCAGUACUGUGUGACAUUCUAUAUAUGUUAGCCAUGUCCUCCGAGAAUUUCAAGGAACUACCCAUUUCAAGGAACUUGUGAAAUAUUCAUAAAAUGAUUAAAAUCCACUCCAAUAGCAAUUGUUAGUGAAUAGUGUACAAAUAUAAUACACGAACAGUGUACAGCAUGCAUACCAGUCUGUAAUUGCAUGGAGCUAACACAAUGAAGUUAGUAGAAUCAAGUAAAUUUGAAAUAUUAAGCAACAGCAUUCAAUUGUAGAACAUAACUCACAGAACAUAUCUCAUUGUAGAAAAAAAAGCUUUUAAGCAUUUUUGUACAAAAUAAAGAUAUCAAAAUCAGAUGAUAUAAUUUGAUGUGAAAAGGUUGUUGCACUUCAAAUUGGUGGUAGCUGACAGUAAGUAUACUGAUUUCUGCAAAAAGUUCACUAUUCAAACUGGCAAAAUGUUCUGUUGGAACUGAUUAAGUGUUAACAUAAGCAUAAGGAGUAUGUUUAUUGAAUAAUUAAUGAAGGAAAUACAUAAAAGGUAGAAUUUUCUGUAAUACAGCUUGUGUGGUGCUGAUCACCACAGGGAGAAGUGUUUGAGUAAAGGGAUGUUUAAUAACCACGCUUUUGCCGCUCGUGCUGUAUUGCUCAGCAACCGGUUUGGGCACCGGUUCCUGUGUUGCCACCAGAAGUUGUUCAAUAGAAUCCUGUCGUCCUUGAACAAGUUAAUGUUGAUUUAGAUGCUGCUAGUCCUGCUCAAACACUGAAUUUAGUGGUGAUUUGCUAAGUGCUAUUUGCUUCUGUGCUUUGGCUCGAUAUAUUUUACUUGUUCCGGUGGGCUUUGUUUCCCCACUUUAUUAACUCUCAUCAGCGACUCAUUGGUAUCAUGGAAGAACUUCAUCCCCAUUCAGUCUGAUUAUCGUGUUUUAGCCAUCUUGCGUUAAGUCAAAGGCCUCAUAUGUAGCAGGCAUAAUAAUGCUUCUGUCUGCUUAUUGUUCAGUUUGUGUAAUAAUUAGUCAUGCUUUACUGGUGCAUGGUUUUACUUUAUGUUUGUUUCUAGUUAUAGUCUGUGUGGGGCAUAUGGCAGCACAUUAUAGCUUCCAUUUGUGUGUAGCUGUUGCUUAUAUGGUUCUCGCUGGCACCCAAUUGUGGCAUUCAAUCAUCAGUCUCAUCUGUGUGGCAUAAGAUUCUCGUUCAAGCACGUGCGGCAUAAGAUUCCAGUUUGAGCCUGUGUGACAUAAGAUUCUAGUUCAAGCCUGUGUGGCAUAAAUAUUAGGAUGUUAGGGUUUGUAAUCCAAGUGGGAAUAUAUACAUUUUAAGACCUAACUAGGAACGACUGCGAAAAAUGCAGCACAAGGUCCUCUUGUAGGAAUUGAACCCACAGCCUGUGGGUAUAAUGCCUGUGGCAUAAAGCCUGUGUGGCAUAAGAUUUUAGUUCAAGCCUGUGUGGCAUAAGAUUCUAGUUCAAGUAUGUGUGGCAUAACACCUGUGUGGCUUAAGAUUUUAGUUCAAGCCUGUGUGGCAUAAGAUUAUAGUUAAAGCCUGUGUGGUAUGAGAUUGUAGUUCAAGCCUGUGUGGCAUAUAGCUUGUGGGGCAUAAGAUUUUAGUUCAAGUCUGUAUGGCAUAAGCCUGUGUGGCAUAAGAUUCUAGUUCAAGCAUGUGUGUGGCAUACAAUUUUAGUUCAAACUUGUGCUGCAUACGAUGCUAAUUCCAGCUUGUGUGCUAUAUGUAUGAUUGUAGUUUGGGCAUGUGUUUCUCGUUUCAUGACUGUGUGGUAUACAUACGAUUGUAGUUCAAGCAUGUGUGGCAUACAAUUCUACUUUGAAAUCUGUGUGUUAUAUGUAUGUGUUUAGUUUAUGCCUUUAUCUCAUACCUAGCAUAUUGGCAGCUUUCCUAUUGGCUACAAGGAGGUGCAUUCAAUCUCGAACCCACCUGUUGACGUAAGUUUAGGAGGUGGGUUCAAGAUCGAUGUUUUGGCUGCGGCCAUUAUGAAGCGAUUUGAACAAAUUUCAGACAAAGAUUUAAAUAAAAAAAUAAAUUAACUGUUUUUAAUUGUUUUAUAAUUAUUAUUUUUAUUUUGUGUGAUGAAAAUGGAAUAUUCUGUAUUCAAAGUGGAAAAAAAGAAAGAUGGUUGCCAAAAUUUGUUCGGCACGAGCGGUUUUAUAUAAAUCUUGGCAUUGUUUUUGCAGAAUGUGUUCAUUUUCUCUUUUGAAGAAUAAGGGAGUAUUGUAGAGAAUUUUUUUAGCUUUAAUUUAAGCCUAAGUUUGUUUGUUUGCAUAAUAUGUUGGCGGUUAAAAUGUUCAUUAUCCAAACACGAAAUUAUAUACUAAAAAGUAAAAUGCGUAUAAAAUUCUUCAGUACUUUUUAGUAUUUUACCGAAAUGGCAUGUGAUAAAAACCAAACAUACUUGCAGGUUUGGUGAGUCCGGGAUUGGACGCACCUCAGGUGGGGCUGGAAGUUUCCCGAACUUGCUUCGCUCGGUGAGUUUGGGAAACUUCCAGCCACCCUUGGUGCGUCCAAUCCCGGACUCACAGCCCUGCAAGUAUGUUUGUUAUAGUGUCAUAUACGGUUCUGGUUUCAAACGCAUUGUGUUAUAUGUACGAUUUUAGUUCAAGCCUGCGUGGCAUAUGAUUGUAGUUGCCAACCUGUGUGUUAUACGUACCAUUUUCGUUCAAGCCUGAUUGGUAUACGAUUCUAGUUUUAAGUCUGUGUGGUAUACGUACGAUUGUAGUUAAAGCCUGUGAAGCAUACGUAGGAUUCUAGUUUAAGCCUGUGGGAUAUAUGGCCACUUCUAGUUCAAGCCUGUGUUGUAUACAUAUGAUUCUCACUCAAGCCUGGAUGGUAUGUACGUCUCACUCUAGUUCCAGCAUGUGUGGCAUAAGUAUGAUUCUAGUUGAAGCAUGUGUGGCAUAUGUGAUUCUAGUUCAAGCAUUUGGACAUACAUAUGAUUCUAGUUCAUGCCUUUGUGGCAUACAUACGAUUCUAGUUCAAGCAUGUGUGGCAUAUGUAUGAUUCUAGUUCCAUCAUGUGUGGCAUAUGUACGAUUCUAGUUUGAGCAUGUGUGGCAUACGUAUGAUUCCCUUGUCUUGAGCAGCUUCAGCAUGUUGGGGGCAUGACACCUGUGGAUCAGGCUCUUUUGUUGGUCAGGCAGCUGGCAGGUUGUCCUGCCAAGGUAUUUGAUCCCUAUGCCCUGAUUUGGUCGUUGGCCAAUAUAUAAGCCCAGAUUGGGAGAUUUAGUAACCUAUGUUUUUGUUUCGUGGAAAAAGAGGUGGUCAAAUUGCUGGUGAUAGUGUUUUCUCCUUCACAGCGAUUAAUGCAUUUUCUACCGCCGCUGCAGGAGAGUUCUUUGUUUUGACCUUGGCCAUACCCGAGGGUGGCGGGGUCUCAAUUUGCAAAUUCAGGGCAGUGCUUUAAUUGUGCACAUCCUCUGCAUUUGGUAAGUGCCCACAUCGAGAAAAAUAAAUAUGGGAAUUAUCACAGCGGUGUAUGUCUGAACUGAAUCAUUAGUGAGCAUGUGUUUUUAGGUUAUCU